UCAAGUCAGUGCCUCACUGUCUUCUGUCACACGAUUGCCUGUUAUUUAUCAGGCUCUUAAACACCCAAACAGCUUUCAGCGCUGGCUGGAUUUAGGAAAGAGAUUAUGCUACUAUCUUUUGGGUGAUCCAAUGGGAAUUACAUUGAUCUGGUGUUUAGCCCUGAUUCUUAUCAAGUGGAUUGCAUCCAAGAGGCGUGGAGCAAUUUCAUAUGACAGCUCUGAUCAAACUGCGUUGUAUAUUCGUAUGCUAGGCUCUUGUGUAAUAUUCAAACAGCUGAGCACAAGAGAUGUGCGAGUAAGAAGUUGGGCAGGAUUUGAAACAGAGAGAAGAGGUUCUCAUCCAUACAUUGAUUUCCGUAUUUUUCACUCAAAUUCUGAAAUUGAAGUCUCUGUGUCUGCAAGGAAUAUCAGAAGGUUAUUAAGUUUCCAGCGGUACCUGAGAUCUUCUCGUUUCUUCCGUGGCAUUACUGUUCCAAACUCCUCAAACAUUUUAGAUGAUGAUUAUAAUGGACAAGCAAAGUGUAUGCUGGAGAAAGUUGGAAACUGGAAUUUUGAUAUCUUUCUUUUUGAUAGGCUAACAAAUGGAAAUAGUCUAGUGAGCUUAACCUUCCACCUGUUUAAUUUUCAUGGACUAAUUGAACACUUCCAGUUAGAUACGAUGAAACUUCGCAGAUUUUUAGUUAUGGUCCAAGAAGAUUAUCAUAGUCAAAACCCUUAUCAUAAUGCAGUUCAUGCUGCUGAUGUGACUCAGGCCAUGCACUGUUAUUUAAAAGAACCCAAGCUUUCCAAAUCUCUAACUCCAUGGGAUGUUCUGCUCAGUUUAAUUGCAGCUGCCACACAUGAUUUGGAUCACCCAGGUGUUAAUCAACCUUUCCUUAUUAAAACAAACCAUUACUUAGCAACUCUGUAUAAGAAUACCUCAGUAUUGGAAAACCACCACUGGAGAUCAGCAGUGGGAUUGUUGAGAGAGUCUGGUUUAUUUGCACACAUGUCACUAGAAAAUAGGCAGCUGAUGGAAAGCCAGAUAGGUGCUCUUAUUCUUGCCACAGACAUCAGUCAGCAAAAUGAAUAUCUGUCUGUGUUCAGAACCCAUUUGGACAGAGGGGACUUAUGUUUAGAGGAUGCGAGCCAUCGUCACUUCAUUUUGCAGAUGGCUUUGAAGUGUGCUGAUAUUUGUAAUCCAUGUCGGACUUGGGAGCUAAGUAAGCAGUGGAGUGAAAAAGUAACAGAAGAAUUCUUCCAUCAAGGAGAUAUUGAAAAAAAGUAUCACUUGGGUGUGAGUCCGCUGUGUGAUCGAGAGUCAGAAACUGUUGCGAACAUCCAAAUUGGUUUUAUGACUUACUUAGUGGAGCCAUUGUUUGCAGAGUGGGCCCGGUUUUCAAAUACCAGGUUGUCACAGACAAUGCUUGGACAUCUGGGACUGAAUAAAGCUAGUUGGAAGGGAAUGCAGAGAGAACAGUCCAGCAGUGGUGAUGAUACAGAUCCUGCUUUUGAGGAAAUGGACUCAGACAUAUUACCUCAGGAAAAUCGAUUGUCCUGACCUCAGAAUCUGCAUGACAAAACUGCCUCUUGGUAUCUGCACAGUUGGGGUAGAGGAAAAACAUAUGACUGCCCAAGGUUUCAGUAUAAACAAUGCCAGCAUUAUUUAUUUCCAAGUUUUCCUUUAACAGACCAUUUGAACCCAAUUUUUAAUUGCAAGAUCUGAACAUAGAGCAAUAUGCAUACAUAUGCCUCAGUUGGCUUUCAUUGGAACCUUGAAUAUGCAAAGCACAGCAAUGACUGAUCCUCGAUGGAACGAUACAAAAAGGUUUCAUUACAUGCCACAUGUGGUUUUAAAGAGUUUGAACUAAGGUCUUCAGAACCAAGACUUGACAUGGAUAUUUCCAUUUAUCUUGGCGUUUUGCAAGACUUCCCAUAAAUGUGUGCGAAGCAUACCCUUCCAUUUAGUCUCCGUUUCAAAUCUGGAAAUGUGAAGUGCCCAUCCUCUGCUGCCAGUGGCAAGACUUGAUGUUUACAAACCUACUCUGAAACUCUUGGUUCUAGACUUCCCACUGCGCCUGGCUGUAAAGGAACCACUAACCUUGGGUUUUCAGUUUUUAAAAGAGAUCAAAUCUGGGACUGCAGCUCUUUCUUUGGAUGCCAGAAAAGCCUCCCAUUUGCCAUAAUUGUGUUUGUGCACUGGGAAUGGAGCAUUCAUCAUAGAGCACAGCCAAGCUUUACUCCAGUGCUGUAUGGGAAUGCAGUUUUUUAAAAGCAGAAAACACUUCUGAAUCUGGGGAGGGGGGUGGGGGGAGAACAGUCCUAACUGUGUUGCGAUUCUGCAGUGAAAACAUUGCAUGUUGUUUUCACUAUUGUACACUUGAACUGCACAUGCAAGAAAAAGGUGGAAUGUCUAAACACCAUAAUCAGCUCAGGGUAUUUGCCAAUCUGAAAUAAAAUGGGAUGGGAAGUGUGUCCUUCAGAACAAGGGUACAAAUGCCCCUUUCGCUGCAGUAUGUGUGUAUGUGUGGGUGUGUGUGUGCGCGUGGGGGAAGGGAGGGGAGGGAAGGGAUGGGCAAGGGUUUGAACGGCAACAUUUUUAUUUAUUCUUUUAGAAUGUGACAAUUUCAUGAACAGCCACAUUGGGAGGAACCUGUAACAAAUUGCUACAGAUGCCUUAAACUAUGCACAAAGCUAAGUGACCAAAUUCGUUUUUGAUUGAAAAAAAAAA